GCCAUGUUUGUAAAUGUGCUUUUAAUUCAACUGUAUAUUAAUUACAUUUGAGUUUUAUGGUAACAAUACAGCUUUUAAACAUAAAAGUUACAAUUGUGUAUGUUUAAUUGUUGUAUGUGUGUGAGGGUGUGUGUGUGCACAGAUGCUUCUCCCAUGUGUCCCAAUGACCCAGUGACCCAGCAGAUGAUGCCAAGAUGGGCGCUGUCCUGUUUACCUCGACUGCCAUCUGACGCUCCUCACUGCCAGAUACCUGCUGCUGUCAGGACUCUGUCGCAAUACUAUUCAUCUUUAUGAGGUGACGACAUGGAGGAAGAAGAGACUCCAGCUGCAGAGAGGAGAGAAGUUUUGACCGGGGAGAAGGAGAGGAUGGAGGUGGUGGAGGAGGAGGGGGAACCUGAGAAACCAAGCAAGGAGGAGAGAGAGGAGGAAGGAGGAGAGGAGGAGACAGGAGAGUCCUUGCAGGAGACCCUGGUUACGAAAACGUUUUUUUCCGCAACUACAACAAGUACGAUCGUGGAGGAGACGUUGGAGGAAACUGAGAAAGCUAAAGAAGAUGAGGAAGGAGGAGAGAAAGAUGAGACUCCGGCUAAGAAGGUUCUGGGAUCCUGGGAAGCAGAGGUGUCCUCUGAUGAAAAGCCUCCUCUUCCUGACCCUGCGUUCAACAGGAGGUGCAGCCUGAUCGUCAGUGAAGUGAAGUAUAAGGAGGACUUUGAGAAGAUGAGGGGUCAGAGUCUGUUUGUUCCUGGAGCCGAACUCAUCCACUCCAAGAACAUCAGUGCCGUGAUAUCUGAGUCGAAGUACAAAGAGGAGGGGAAGAAGGAGGCGUCCAUGUCUCUGUACUCCAUUUUGCCGCAGACCCCUGAGAUUCAACACGCCAAAGAGGCCUCACAGCUGCAGAGCGACGUGAAGUACAAAGAGAAGAUUUCCCCGUCUCUUUACUCUCUGCUGCCAGAAACCACAGAGACUCAGUUUGUCAAGGAGCUGACGGAGAUGCUCAGCGAGAACAAGUACAAGGAGGAAGGGAGGAAGGAGAUGAGCAGCAGUUUGUACUCUCAGAUGGCAGAAACUUCUGAGAUGCAGCUGGCCAAAACCGUACACCAGUUUCAAAGCGAGAAAAAGUACAAAGAAGACGGGAAGAGGAGGGCCUCCAUCUCUCUCUACUCCCAACUCCCAGAAACUCCAGAAAUACAGCACGCUAUGGAGAUGUCCCAGAUGCAGAGUGAGGUGAAUUGUCGGCCUAGUCUUUUGGUGAAAGGCGCUCCUUCCUCUCUGUACUCCCAGCUGCCCGACACCUCAGAGAUCCAGUUUGCACGAGAGAUGACGGAAAUGCAGAGCGAGAGUAAAUAUAAGGAGGGCAGCCGGAUGAGCAUCUCUCAGAGUUUCUACUCUCAGCUCGCAGAGACCAACGAGACGCAGUUUGCUAAGAGUGUUGCAGAGCUGCAAAGUGAGAUGCGGUACAAAGAGGCGGGUAAGAAGGGGGUGAACUCGUGUUUGUACUCCCUGCUGCCCGAGACGUUGGAGACGGCUCACGCUAAAGAAGUCUCCGAGCUCCUCAGUGAGGUGAAGUAUAAAGAGGAGGGGAAGAAGGAGAUGAGCAUGAACCUGUACUCCUUGCUGCCUCAGACCAUCGACACGCAGCACGCUAAAGAGGUUACAAACCUGCAGAGUGAGAUAAAGUAUAAGGAAGGAGUGAAGCAGAAGAAUCAGAGCACUUUGUUCCAUCAGCUCCCAGAGACCACAGAGACUCAGCUGGCCAAACAGCUGACUGACCUGCAGAGCCAGGCAAAGUAUAAGGAAGCAGGAAAGAAGGAGGUGAACAGCUGCCUGUACUCUCUGCUGCCUGAAACUCUGGAGACUCAGCACGCUAAAGAGAGCACUCAGCUCCUCAGUGAGAUUAAGUACAGGGAGAGUGGGAAGAAGGAGGCGUCCAGCUCCCUCUACUCCUCUCUGCCCGACACGUCAGAGACUAGCUUCGCCAGAGAGAUGAGUGACAUGCAGAGCGAGACUAAGUACAGAGAGCUUGGGAUGAAGAGCCUCUCUCAAAGCGUCUACUCUCAGCUCCCAGAGACCACAGACACUCAGUUUGCUAAAAGUGUUUCUGAGCUGCAGAGCGAGAUGAAGUACAAGCGUGGAAAGAAGGACGUCUCCUCCUCUCUGUACUCCACUCUGCCUGAGACUCUGGACAUUCUGCACGCCAAAAAGGCUUCAGAGCUGCAGAGCGAACUGAAGUAUAAGCAGAAAGGAUCCUCCGGUCUGUUCCACCUGCUGCCGGAGACCUUAGAGACGGCCCGCGCCAAGGAGGUCUCCGAGCUCCUCAGCGAGGUGAAGUAUAAAGAGGAGGGGAAGAAGGAGAUGAGCAUGAACCUGUACUCCUUGCUGCCUCAGACCAUCGACACGCAGCACGCUAAAGAGGUUACAAACCUGCAGAGUGAGGUGAAGUAUAAGGAAGGAGUGAAGCAAAAGAAUCAGAGCAGUUUGUUCCAUCGGCUCCCAGAGACCACAGAGACUCAGCUGGCCAAACAGAUGUCUGACCUGCAGAGCCAGAAUAAGUACCAGGAGGCGGGUAAGAAGGAGGUGGAGACGUCUCUGUACUCCCUCCUGCCUCACACCAUGGACACACAGCACGCUAAAGAAGCUGGAGAGCUCCUCAGUGAUAUCAAAUACAAAGAAAGCAUGAAGAAGGGGAUGAGCAGCUCCCUCUACUCCACUCUGCCCGACACAACAGAAAACAUCUUGGCCAGAGAGAUGAGCGACAUGCAGAGCGAGAACAAGUACAAGGAGGACGGGAAGAGGAGCCUCCCUCAGAGUUUCUACUCUCAGCUUGCUGAAACACCGCAGAUUGAGUUCGCUAAAAAUGUCUCUGAGCUGCAGAGUGAGAUGAAAUAUAAAGAAGCAGGGAAGAAAGGAGUGUCUAGCUCUCUGUACUCCACUCUGCCCGAGACUCUGGAUACACAACACGCUAAAGAGGCGUCACAGCUGCAGAGCCAGCUGAAGUAUAAGCAGAGUCUAAAGAAAGACGCCUCCAGUCUGUUCCACCUGAUGCCAGAAACCAACGACACCAUGUUCCAUAAGCAGCAGACGGAGAUGCUCAGUGAGGUGAAGUAUAAAGAAGAGGGGAAGAAAGAGAUGAACAUCAGCCUGUACUCUCUGCUUCCUGAAACCAUCGACACGCAGCACGCUAAAGAGCAGACGGACAUGCAGAGCGAGGCUAAAUACAAAGAGGCCGGGAAGAAGCAAACGUCCUCGUCUCUGUACCAAACACUUCCUGAAACUCUGGAGACUCAGCACGCUAAAGAGGCCACACAGCUGCAGAGCCAGACCCUGUAUAAAGAGGCCGGUAAGAAGGAGAUGUCGUGUCCAUUUUACCACCAGAUGACGGACACUCUGGAGAAUCAGUUCGCCCGAGAGAUCACUGACAUGCAGAGCCAAAAUAGGUAUAAAGAAGAAGGGAUGAGGAAUCUCUCUCAGAGUUUCUACUCUCAGCUGCCAGAAACUGCUGAGACUCAGUUUGCUAAAUCUGUUUCUGAGCUGCAGAGCGAGACAAAGUAUAAGAAGUCUGGGCGUCAGGAUGCUGGCAGCUCUCUGUACUCUGUGAUGGCAGAAACUCUGGACACACAACACGCCAAGCAGGCCUCUCAGAACCAGAGCCAGGUGAAGUACAGAGAGGAGGUGGGGAAGUCGAGCAGUCUGUUCUCCACCCUCCCUCACACUAUGCAGACGCAGCUGGCCAAGGAGCAGACGCAGCUGCAGAGUCAGGUGAAAUAUAAAGAGGGACACAAGAAGGAUGCGUCCUCCUCUCUUUACCACCUCCUCCCUGAGACCGCAGAGAUGCAUCUGGCCAAACACCAGUCAGAGAUCCAGAGCCAGACAAAGUACAAGAAGGACCAAGAGGAUCUUUCUGAGACGUUGUUCUCUUUGAUGCCGGAGACUCUGGAGACUCAGUUUGUGAAAGAGAUGUCUGAGACACACAGCGAGGUGAAGUAUAAGCAGGCUGGGAAGCAGCAGACAGCGUCCUCUCUUUACUCCAAACUUCCAGAAACUCUGGAGACGAAACACGCCAAGGAAGCGACUGAACUGCAGAGUGAGAAAAAGUACAAAGAUGAGGGGAGGAAGGACAUGACGUCGUCUCUUUACUCUCAGCUUCCUGAUACAUCAGAGACUCAGUUUGCACGAGAGAUGAGCGAGAUUCAGAGUGAGAACAAGUACAAGGAGAGUGGGAAGAAGAGCCAGUCUGUCAGUAUGUACUCUCAGCUGGCAGACACCAACCAGAUCCAGUUUGCAAAAUCUCUUUCUGAAAUACAAAGUGAGGCUAAAUAUAAGGAGGCAGGGAGAAAAGAGUCGUCUAGCUCUCUGUACUCGAAGCUGCCGCAGACUCUGGACACGCUGCACGCUAAAGAGGCCUCACAGCUGCAGAGCCAGGUGAAGUAUAAGCAGGAGAGCAGGAAGGAGGCGACCAGCUCUCUGUACCACCAGCUACCUGAAACCUCAGAGACUCAGCUGGCUAAAGAUCUGAAAAACAUUCACAGCGAGGUGAAGUAUAAAGAAGAAGGGAGGAAGGAGUUGGGGAAGAACUUGUACUCGCUCCUCCCUGAGACGGCAGACACAUUCUUCGCCAAGCAGAUGUCAGAAAUACAGAGCCAGACAAAGUACAAGAAGGACAGAGAGGAUCUUUCUGAAACGCUGUUCUCUUUGAUGCCGGAGACCCUGGAGACUCAGUUUAUCAAAGAGAUGUCUGAGACACACAGUGAGGUCAAGUAUAAAGAAGCGGGAAAGAAAGAGGCCAGCAGCGCUCUGUACCACACACUACCGGAGACUCUGGAGACGCUGCACGCUAAAGAGGCCACUGAGCUGCAGAGUGAGAAUAAGUACAAAGAGGACUGGAAGAAGUCGAUGUGGUGCAGUCAUUACGCCCAGCUGCCGCUCACCGCCGAGACGCAGCUCGCCGCCAAGAUGACCGAACUGCAGAGCGAGAGUAAAUAUAAAGAGGAAGGGAUGAAGAGUCGCUCUCAGAGUUUCUACUCUCAGCUGCCAGAAACUCCUGAGACUCAGUUAGCUAAAACCGUCUCUGAGCUGCAGAGCGAGGCUAAGUAUAAGGAGGCGAGCAGGAAGGAGGCGGGCUGCGCUCUGUACCACACACUGCCUGAAACUCUGGACACGCUGCACGCUAAAGAGGCCUCCGAGCUGCAGAGCCAGGUGAAGUAUAAGGAAGGAGGGAAGAAGGAUAUGGGCUCCUCUCUGUACUCUGUGCUGCCGCAGACAGAAGAGAUGAAGGUCGCUAAAGCUGCCAUGGAGCUGCAGAGUGAGAACAAAUAUAAGGAGAAAGGCAGGCAGGAGAACAGCUGCAGUGCUUUCCACCAGAUGGCUGAGACUAAAGAGAUGGAGUUCAUCAAACACAUCUCUGAACUCCAGAGUGAGACAAAGUACAAGAAGGACAAAGAGGAUCUUCCCAACACGUUAUUCUCUCUGCUGCCGGAGACUCUGGAGACUCAGUUUGUGAAAGAGAUGUCUGAGACACACAGCGAGAGUAAAUACAAGCAGGCGGGUAAGAAGGAGCUGGGGAACUCUCUGUACUCUGUGCUGCCAGAGACCAAGGACACUCAACACGCCAAAGAGCAGAGUCAGCUGCACAGCGAGAAAGCGUACAGGGAGGAGGGGAAGAAGGACGCCGGCUGCAGUCUGUACUCUCAGAUGCCUCAAACCAUCGAGACGGUCUUCGCCAAAGAGAUCGCCAAGACGCAGAGCGAUAAGUUUUAUAAGGAGAAGUUCAACCGAGACAAGGGCAAGUCGAGCUAUACUAACAUGGCGACGCUGCCGGAGGUGGAGCACGCCAUGGAGGUGAACAGGAACCAGAGCGAGGUCAGCUACAGGAAAGGUAGAGAGGAGAUGCAUCACUACAGCUCAGAGGCCAACAGACCCGACAUCAUCAAUGCCUCCAACGCUUCGAAGCUGGCCAGCGACGUAGCCUAUAAGAGUAAGCAGCAUGUUUACAGUGACAGCUUUCUUCUGGCGCGGACUGACAUCCAGCAUGCCAGGGAGGUGUCAAAACUGGCCAGCCAGGUGAAGUAUAAGGAGAACUUUGACAAAGACUUAAAGGGCCAGCGUCCGUGUUACAACCCUCUGGACUGUCUCUCCUUCAAACACACACAAGCCGCUUCUGCCCUGGCCAGCCAGGUGAAAUAUAAGAUGAACCAGAAGCAGAAGCCAGAGUCUUCCUCAGACCUGCCCAACCUGCUGAACCUGGAGCACGUCCUGCACGCCAGCAAGCUGCAGAGCAACGUGGAGUAUAAGAAGAAGUAUGAGCAGUCCAAGGGUCAGUUCCACACGGCAGUGGACACGGCGGAGCAGAUUCACCACCGAGAGAACGCCACGCUGCACAGCCAGGUGAAGUACAGAGAGGAGUAUGAGAGGAACAAAGGUCGCUCUCAGAUGGAGUUUGCAGACACAGAGCACUACAAAGUGUCUAAAGAAGCUCAGAAGAUGCAAAGUGAGAGGGAGUAUCGGAAAGAUUACGAUGAGCAGAUGAAGGGGAGAGCCUCGAUGGACGUAGACCAGACCCCUGGAUACAUCACAGCCUGUCACGCCAGCAGCCUGAUGAACCAGAAGGAGUACCGCAAGGAUAUGGAGCGGGACAUCGUGGGGAAAGGCAUGGAGCUGAGCGCUGACGUCCUCGACAUGCAACGAGCCAAGAGAGCCUCAGAGAUCCAGAGCCAGAGAUCCUAUAAGCAGAAGGAGACAGGAAGCUCCUUCGGGACGGUGACAGACACUCCUGAGCUGCUUCACGCCUCCUACCUCAAAGACAUGUACAGUCAGAAGAAGUAUAAAGACGAAGCGGAGCGUCUGAAGAGUCGCUACAGUCUGACCUCAGAGACCCCCGAGAUGGAGAGAGUCAGAAACAACCAGAGGCACAUCAGCUCUCUGCGGUACUGCUGGGACUCUCGUCUGAUGCGAGGCCUCCUGUCUUCGGUCACAGAGACGCCGGAGAUCGUCCUCGCCAGAGAGAACAGCAAGAGGAUCAGUGACGUGCAGUACAGAGAGGGGGUGGGGAGCGGCACCUCCGUCAGCGACACCCCUGAGAUGGAGAGGGUCCGACGCAACCAGGAGAACAUCAGCUCAGUGAAGUACAGGCAGAGUGCAGUGAAGGCCUGCAGCGUCGGAGUGACUCCUGAACUGGAGAGAGUCAAACGGAACCAGGAGAACAUCAGCUCGGUGAAGUACCAGCGGGGACUGCAAGAGCUGAGGGGGCGGAGCUGCAGCGAGCUCGACACACCUGAGUACCGCCGAGUCAAGAAGUCACAGGACACCAUCUCCAUGGCGAAGUACCACGAGGAAUUUGAGCGUGCGCGGGGCCGAGGCUGCACGCCGGGAUUGGACGAGCCCAGCAUGGAGCGCUACCAGAGAGCCAAUCAGAUGAUAGGAGAGGCGGCGUACGGAAAAGGGAUGCACCCCCAGGGCAUGGAGACGGACAGACGGCCGGGGGGCAUCAUCGUAGACCUGAAGGUGUGGAGGACAGACCCCGGCUCCAUCUUUGACUUCGACCCUCUGGAGGACAACAUCCAGUCCAAGAGCCUCCGCAGGAUGUCUGAGCGGGCUGACCUGAGCAGGCAGCAGUCGGUCAGCUCGGUGACCUCUGACCUCUGGGACCACAGCAGCACCAGCACUCCUGCUCCAGUCCUCCCUGGAGCUUACCAUCAGCAGCAGCAGCACCACCUGCAGCAGCAGCAGCAACAGCAGCAACAGCAGCAGCAGCAGUUUCACGGCUACAUGCAUCAGACCAGCAUGUCCUCCGUCAGAUCCGUCACCUCCCCCCCGCAGUCAGCCACAAUGCGUGUCUACCGGGCGCUUUACGACUACGCGGCUCAGGACCAUGACGAGGUUUCCUUCAGGGACGGAGACAUGAUCGUGAACGCUCAGCACAUCGACGAGGGCUGGAUGUACGGCACUGUGCAGCGCACCGGCAAGUCCGGCAUGCUGCCUGCCAACUACGUGGAGUUCUGCUCCUAAAAAACAUGGAGAACAACUAAACCCCCCCUCACUGCGGUAACAUCAGCAGUCUGUGAUGUUCUCUCGUUGCAGAGACUGUGUUUAAACUACAAAGUUACAUCACAUACAGACGAUUAAGUGGAUUUUAAAAGCUGGAAUUAUUUGCAGAUAUAAAACUUAAGCAGUUAAUAUCAAGCUUAAGCAAUCAUACAUGAGGAAAUCAAUUGCAGACAACAAAUUAGGAAGUAUUUUCAACGUUUUUAGUCAGUUUCUACAUCCAUAAGAGCAGGACAUAGACCAGAAUGCAAUGCAGCAACAAGUAGUGGUGGAUUUUAAUAAAGUGCAUUUACUCUACUGUUGGGUAUUUUCAUUUUAUGCUACUUAUACUUUUGCUCCUCUACACUUUAGAUGCCAACAUUGUGCUUUUUACUCCACUACAUUUAUCUGACAGCUUUAGUUACUUUACAUACAGUAAUCAGAUUACUAGCUAAUACAAAACGUAUGUAUGAAACUUAAACAGUUAAUAUCGCAGAACAUCACAGACUUCUGGUCUAAACCAGUUAUCUGAGGACGGAGAUUUUCCUGUGAAGGAGGGAAAGGAAAGUGAUGGACAAAGAGAGAAAGUGCAACUUCAUGGUCAUGUGUACUAGAAAUACAAAUGCCUGUGCUUUGGCAUAGAAAGAGAGAAGAAGAAAAUAUUUCAAUCUAGCAAGCAGUCAACAGUCAAUGUCAAAUAUUACAACUAGCGAAGGACGUAAGAGCGGAUCGAUGCAUGAGGAAAGAAAAUAUGAAGGAUUGGAAGCAUCUAUAACUUUUCUAAUGACUUGAAACAAACUAUAUCAGACUUUUGACUCAGAUUUAAGGAUGAGAGAUGAGAGUAGUACACACAGGAAGUAAGCAGGGAGCAAACAGGGGAUACUAACAUUCACAUAAGUUACCAAGUGUCUAUUGAGCAGUCCCCCCAAAAAGCACUAUCCUCCUCUUUUAAAAAUAAAAAAUACAUAAACAAUAUGUAUUAAAUUAAAGAAUGAAGGAUUUAGAGCCAGAGACAUUAAGUCAUAAAGUAUUUAGACACUGAGUAACACAUCGAUUCGUUUGUUUUAAUUGGGUUUUAUACAAUAAACAUAUAUUACUUUUAUACACCAGAUUUCUAUUUUAAGGAUGCCUGAAAAAUGAAGAGAAAGAGUAAAAGUAAAGAUAAAAAGAAACAAAUUAAGAUGGGACAUUUAUUUUUAAGAGAUCAGUGUGAGAAUAGGGGGGAAAGAGGUAUUCAUAAAGGCGAGAUAACAAGUUACAUUCUUUUUUUUGGGAAUGAUGCAACCAAAGGAAGGAAGGAUGAGUGGAGGUCGACGUUAGAAAAUAGGUUUAGAUUAGGUUUAGAUUUCUCAAGUUUAAUCUUUAAUUAUUUAUCCUGAUUUUGAAUUCUUGUUCAGGUGUAGUGUUUUAGUUUUUGAGUUAUUUUGACUGAUAUAAUCAGAAAGCACAGCUUCAACACUAACCUCUGUGUUUGUACUGGACUCAACUAACACACUGUGUCUAUAUUUUAGUUUUUUUUAAUUAUAAAUACAAGUUUUCACCUGUUAAUUUAACACACAGUAACAGUUUACGUGGACUUUAAUCUGAACAGACGAUGUGUGUUCGUCUUGAGAUUUCUGUAUUAGACUAUUUUGAUACACGGUCUCUGUUUAUGUUUUGGAAAGAUAUAUAUUCUAUUUUACCUGUUUGUAUCCAGUAUGUCGUGUUUUUAGGGUUUGUUGUGUGGAUUGCAUCCUGGAAUAAAACGUCACGCUGCCAUUAUUUAUCAUUCUAGCUGGAGAGCAUUUUUUACAUUAUUUCAUAAAAACUAAAUGCAAUAGUUUAUUACUUACUGAGUAUUCAUAUGAUUUUUGGAAGAGGCAUUUUGUUAAAUUCAACAAUGUAAAGUUUUCGAUUUAGUCUGUAUGUCAUCACAAGUUAUACUACGUUUAUUUACAUAUUAUUUGAAAAUAUAUAUCAUUCAAUAUCAGUUGUGUUUUUUUUUGCCAUAAUGAUAAUUGCAGUGUGUUUCAUGUGGUAGAAAUAAAAAUGUGUCAAAAGAA